GAUCUAUUUGUCGCCCAAACUGUACGGAAAGAAAUGAAUGGAGAAGCCAUUCCACACCGUUAAUAUUUUGUUAACAUUUGCAAUCUCGCUCUUUAGUUACAUACCAAGGAAAAAUCAUCAGUGAACUUGCGGGUCGAGUAUUUCCCUGACUUGUCAAUGCCCUUGACAGCUGCCUGUUUUGCUACGUCUGCCAAGGCGGCGAUGGCCUGGUCACAGUUGUUGUGGCUCUGGUGGGGACAAAUUUGAGCUCGGCCGUAGCAGUUUUGUUGAUGUUGUCUCGGUUGUCCAAAAUUUCGGCUGGUUUCUGUCGGUAAGAGAAGAAUUCAGUUAUAGGUGGGAAGUACAUAAGAUAAGCCACGAUGUGCUUCAGGUAAACGUGAAACGAGAAGAUGGACAAGAGACUUAUGACUCACCCCAUCUACGAGCUCCUUAGAACCUUAUAUCACCCAGUGUCGCCACCCCAACCAUUGCAAGCAUUCUCAGCAGACUUUGCUAUCUCCCUAGGUGCCCCUGGUUUAUCCAGAACAGCGACAUUCCCAAGAAUUUCAGGAGGACGUAUCUGGUUCAUUCUCGAUGUAUGGCUCACAUUCUUGGUGAACCUCAGCCCAGCUAUCGUUGAGCCAAGUGUUACGAACUCGAGUGAUCCGAGUUACACCCUUUUUUUUGGGUUGGGGGAGGGGGGAGGUUUCUGCGAAUUUACUUUCAACGACUAUCAACUAUUCGCCAACAUCAGCUACGUCGAUUUCUUCAGUUUGCCUAUUGCUCUUGAGCUGAAGAAUGAAAGUGGCGCCGUGCAGUCUGGAACUAUUAGGACUUAGGGCGCGCAGGUUGGCCCCGUUCUGCGCUCUGAUGACUAGCUUGC